CCAAUAUCAUAUUGUCCUUGCUCAAUGUAGCCCUGAACUGGCCGAGAUUUCUCCGUUAAGAAAUGGAGCAAUCGAUGAAGUGCUCUAGUUGUCGUGGGGUGUCAUUUGAAACCAAAAACGACAGGAGAUUGUCGUUCAAUCGCGGAUCUUUUAACAGAAUUUUUCCCAGUGAUCGGUGGGCAAUCUUCCAAAGAUCAGAGAGCCGACCCAGCAGCCAUUUCUGUAAUUUAGACGACGAUGAGGAAGAAGCCAAUGAUGUGGAACAACAGGAGGAGCUUUGGAAUUCCUCGGAUUUACCAGUGCCCAAAAAGGAUACUCUGCCUCAGAAGCCAUCAAAACCAGAGUCUCGCCUUUCAGUCAUAUUGCUGGAUCAAGGCCUGUUUACAGUCUACAAGCGUCUCUUCAUUCUAUGCCUUGCCCUAAAUUUGAGUACAAUUCUGUUCGCUACAAGUGGGGUUUUCCCCUACGCCAUGAAAGAAGCCGGUUUCUUCUCAGUGGGGAAUUUACUGGUUCUUGUUCUGUGCCGUAGCGAGGCCUUUCUGAGAUGUGUGUUUUGGGUUGCAGUGAAGGUUUUGGGCAGGUCGUGGGUUCCAAUCCCACUCAAGACCGCCACAACUUCUUUUCUCCAGUGCGUAGGAGGAAUCCACAGUGGGUGUGGUGUUUCUUCCAUAAUGUGGCUGAUUUACUACCUUGUAGAAUCCCUCCGCCGCCCUGAGACAAGCUCCGCCAUGAUUAAAGGCGUCGCCUUUGGGAUUUUAGGGCUUCUGGUAAUAAGCUCGGCGGCGGCAUUUCCUCUGGUCCGCCAUCUGCACCACAACAUCUUUGAAGGAUUCCACCGUUUUGCCGGCUGGGCUGCGGUAAUUUUACUCUGGAUUUUUCUCAUACUCACUGUAUCUUACAACCCAGAUGACAGGAUUUACAGAGUGAGUAUCUCUGCUCUUGCAAAGAAGAAGGACGUGUGGUUUACUUGGUUCAUCACGUUCCUUAUAGUGUUGCCAUGGCUGACUGUGAGAAAAGUUGCAGUGGAAGUUUCAACAUCGUCUGCUCAUGCAAGUUUGAUAAGAUUUGCCGGGGGAGUAAAUGCCGGAUUGCUCGGCCGGAUUAGCAGAUCUCCUCUCUCCGACUGGCAUGCAUUUGGAAUAAUCUCCGACGGAAAAUGCCAGCAUAUGAUGUUGGCCGGAGCAGUGGGUGAUUUUACGAGAGAAUUGGUGUCAGAUCCGCCGAAAUUCUUGUAUACUCGCUGCAUUCAUUUUGCAGGAUUGCCGUAUCUGAUAAACAUGUAUGACAGAGUAGUUCUGGUUGCUACUGGUUCGGGCAUUUGCGUCUUUCUGUCCUUCAGUCUGCAGCCUUGUGCUGCACAAGUUUACGUCAUUUGGGUGGCAAAAUCCAUCGAGAAGAAUUUUGGAGAGGAGAUUGUGAGAAUGGUGAAAGACCACCCUCCGGAAAAGAGGAUCAUUCAUGAUACAGCCGUUUCAGGGCGUCCAAAUGUUGCAGAAAUGACUGUGAAAGCUGUGAGAAAUUGGAAUGCUGAAGUCGUCAUUGUGACGAGCAAUCCGAGUGGGAGUAGAGAUGUAGUGAAUGAAUGCAAAACCAGAGGAAUCCCAGCUUUUGGGCCCAUCUGGGACUCCUGAAUUAAGUGUCUGCAACAUAGAUCAGUUAAUAAAUGGAGACAUGUAACAUAUGUUUUUAUUCAGUAUA